AUGGGUUCUUUGAUGAACCUCUGUUUUGCGCUUUUACUUUCAUGUCUUGUAGUUCUAUGUUCUUGUGAUGAUGAUCUGAGUACUUCUAAUGCCAUCUCACUGUCAACAGUCGGUUGUCCCAAGACUAAGCUCAAGCCCUAUGGCUGGAUUUACAUUAGAGUUGAUCUACCAUCUUGGUACUCCUCGGUUUCGAUUUCGUUACAGUCAGAUGUUAACAUUGAUAUAGAAAGCAUAGGCAAGCAUCCAAGCAAAAAGCUUCCUAUCAUUUGCUUUCGAGAUGGAGGUCCCCCUCUUCCAGAUGUCUCGAAUGAUUCUUUAAAAAGCUUAGUGCUAGAUCACUUCUUUAAAAAUGGAUCUGCUGAAGAUAUACAGUAUCUUCAGAAUGUGGGACAUUGCUAUCCUUUGCAGAAGAAGAUAACAUUGACAAUGACAAAUGAGCUGAUUGCCGCAGGAGUUUUAUAUUUUGGCAUCUUCAAUGGCAUUGGGCCCAUUAGAACUCAAAAAAAGAUGAUUAAUAGAGGUUCAGCACACACCUUCAGUUCCAACAUAACAAUUGUAGGCUGCCCGGAUUCUACAAAGACGGGAGAGUUUUGUUCCAAGACAGUUUAUGAUCUUGUAUGUGGUUAUUAUGAUAUCAACGAGUUUUCACGAAAUGAACAAGUUGCUAGUCAGAUGAUGGACCAAACGGUUGGAGAUGUAGUUUCUUGCAAGAAUUCUCUCGAAGCUUCAUGCUUUGAACUUAUGGAGCAGAAACUCUACUCCUUGAAUUUUGGUGAAACAGCAGAGAAGUUGAUCAUAAUGGUUAAAAGUAGCAAAUUCGAUCAAACAGCUUUUAUCAACUAUACAAUGGAGGCUAGUGGAAUUUCUCUAAUGUGUUAUGCUCGAUAUAGUGCAUUACCAACUCCAACAUUGCACGAUUAUUCCAGCAAUUUAAGCAAAGGGCCUCUAGUUAUUCCCUUGCCAAAGGUUGGUACCUGGUAUUUCAUCAUCCAACCGGUAAAUCAGCCCAAUCUAUAUGGAGGAGGAGUAGAAGAGAAAUCGAAUUUUUGCUAUUCCUUGGAGUGGGAUGUACUUCAAUGUCCUCUGUCAAAGGCCGGACCUAACUGCAAUUGGAAAAGAUACAAGCUUCAGGCAGAUUCUAAAUACAACCAGGCUGUUUCUGAUGAUUACAUAUUAACCGGUGAAGAUAGGGUCAUGGAGUUAGCUAAAUUCACUCUUGAACCCCUUCUGAGCAACUUUUCAUAUGGGGACAAAUCGGAUGUUGCUUGGACUUAUUUUUUUCUGGACAAUCCACCAGGUGCAGCUGGAAAAACUAUUCACAUUCAACUUGUAUCGGACACGAAAAUAAGUUAUGAAAUAUAUGCAAGAUUUGGUGGGUUACCGUCUCUUUAUAAUUGGGACUACUAUUACUCGAGCAAGACUAGCAAUAGCAACAACGGUUCCAUGUUCAAAUUGUAUGAUUCGAAUGAAAGAAGGGUCGAUUUCUACAUCUUGUAUGCUAGGGAAGGAACUUGGAAUUUUGGAUUGAGACACCCAAUUCAUAUUGGUGCUCCACUGAAUCCUCGGACUACCAUGCACAUUUCCAUUGAAAAUUGCCCAAAUCGGUGCUCUGGCCAUGGGACAUGUCAGUCACAGAAUGGUACAACCGGCUUUUUCCUCUAUAGCUACUGCUUAUGCGAUAGAUUCCAUGGGGGCUUCGACUGCAGCGUAGAAAUAUUUCCACAAGCAGUGCAGAGAUGCGAAUCGAUUUUUCUCAUUGCAUCCAAUGCUGCAGCCCUGUUUCCUGCAUUUCGGGCCUUUUCAAAGAAGGCAUAUCUGGAGGCUAUAGUCUUCGCAUUUAGUGGAAUCUCAAGUGCACUUUAUCAUGCUUGUGACGUUGGACUAUGGUGUUCUUUCUCUUUCCAAGUUCUACAGUUUACGGACUUCUGGAUUUCGUUUUUGGCUGUGGUAAGCACAUUUUUAUAUCUACCAACUAUUGGCAACAUCGCGAAGUGGACAAUUCUCUCAAUUGCAGGAAUGAUUACAGCUUUCAUGGCUGCAGUUGAACCAACCAGGUCUAUAAAUAUCGUUAUUGUACUAGCACUUGGAGCUCUAGUUCUUGUUGUUGGUUGGCUUAUAGAGUUUUUCGGUACAAUUGAGCUGCAAUCAUAUUCACUAAGUUCUAGUUUAAACAAUCUUCCAAGACAGCGAAAUUUGAAAGCGUGGUUCAAAAAACUUAUGAGGACACUGUGCGAAAGAUUUCACUGGGGCUAUGUGCUCCUAGGUUCAAUUUCAUUGUCUGUGGCUGUAACUAGCAGGGAAGUAGAAACCAGUCAAAACUACUGGAUUUGGCACAGGUAA